UGGAGAAGGCGGAAGUGAACUUGUUUUGGUGGCUGCUGCGACAGAAUGGCGGUGAGCGCCGUUCACCUGGAGGCUGACGCCUUCUUGGUGUGUAUGAAUCACGCUCUCAGUACCGAGAAGGAGGAGGUGAUGGGCCUGUGCAUCGGGGAGGUAGAGGCCACUCGGGUAGUUCAUAUCCACUCCGUCAUCAUCCUCCGCCGCUCUGACAAGAGGAAGGACCGGGUGGAAAUCUCGCCGGAGCAGCUGUCAGCGGCGUCUACGGAGGCUGAGAGGUUGGCCGACAUCACGGGCAGACCCAUGCGAGUGGUGGGCUGGUACCAUUCCCACCCGCACAUCACGGUCUGGCCGUCCCACGUCGACGUGCGGACUCAGGCUAUGUACCAGAUGCUGGACCAGUGCUUCGUGGGCUUGAUAUUCUCCUGCUUCAUCGUGGACAAAACCACAAAAACCGGCCGCGUCCUGUACACCUGCUUUCAGUCGGCACACGCCCAGAAAGGUGCCGAGUACGAGCGCGUGGAGAUCCCCGUUCACGUAGUCCCGCGCGCGUGCAUCGGGAAGGUGUGCCUGGAGUCUGCAGUGGGUCUUCCACGUACGCUGUGCCAGGAGGAGCAGGACACCUACCGCAAGAUCCACGGCCUCGUCCACCUGGACCCCGUGACGAAGAUCCACAAUGGCUCCGUGUUCACCAAAAACCUGUGCAGCCAGAUGUCAGCGGUGAGCGGGCCGCUGCUGCAGUGGCUGGAGGACCGACUCGAGCAGAACCAGAGGAGCAUUGGGGAGCUGCAGCGGGAGAAAGAGCAACUGCUGCGGGAGCUGAGUGAGCUGUGAUCUGGAGGUGUGGGAUUCCACUUUGCUCUGAAUGACUGGUGCAAGUCACUUCAUGUUUUUCUUUAGAUCCAUUUUUAAUUUAGGUGACCUCACCUUUGUUUCACCCUGAAGUUAUUCACUUUCACAGACGAACAACACACCAUUAGCUUGGCAUUUUGUUGUCUAAAAUACUUUAUUAUCUAACAUUUUUCCAAAGAAAUUAUUACUGUAUAUGUUCAUCUUGAGCUGCAUAUAUUAUCCAUCAAUUGUGUAAUGACUACUGAUCGUUGAAUUGGUCAAGCUUCAACUGAUGCAUUGUAUUAGUUUGUGUUCCUGAACUAAUGUGCCUUUGGAUGAAAAGACCGGUCACGUGUUGGGCAAAAAAAAUGAAACUUGUUUUCCCUUCAUUGUCUUCAUGUGCUCUACUCUGCCUAGUGGGAAAUGAUUAAAAUGGAAUGAAUGACUUGUAUAUAUUAGGUGCUGGCUGACAUUGAAAAUAAAACAUAUCAACAACUCCAAGUUAGUUUGAGGUUCAGAACAGUCACGGUCAGAUAAUGUGUCGAAGCUGAGUCUUGAGUUUCUGUUCAAGAGCGUUCUUCUCGUCCAGGAGGCUUUUUAAGCGAAGAAGACGCUCUGUGUUGUACCUUGUCACUUCAGCCAGUGACUGUCUUGCCUCCUCUACCUUUGCCUGUUAAAAAACAAACACCAUUUUCCAUUUGGAAAAAGAAUCAGAUGGUCAUCCAGUUACUUGCCUCCCAGCCUUUCAUGUCCUUGUCAUUUUGACUCUCUUGGAAAAGCUUUUCUUGCUUCAACUCCUCCAACGUCCGGUUCCCUGACAGCGUCUGCAGAGCUUCCAGAUCCACCUGCCUCCCAAACUUCAUCAUCAUCAGCUGGUUGCACUGCUUCUCUAGAACUAUUCCAAUGCAAAAGCAACCUUAUAUUUUGGACACUUGUCGAAGGGUUUACAGCACACAGACCUUGAAUUUCAGCAUCCAU